ACCAAAUUCCCCUGACCCGUCGGUCUGCUAUCCCAUCUGAGCUCACGGCGAUCCUCUUUCUCCUCAUCGGCAUGAGCGGCUUCUUGGCGGUGGUCGGCAAGGUCGGCACCUUUCUGCUGUGGGUGCUGUUCCUGGUCUUGCAGACCGCCACCAGGAUCGUCGGCAGCCUCCUUGCCAGCUCAGCUGAGCAGCAGGAUGACCACCAUCAGGAAUCGGCGGCGGCACGGCGCAGGUCGCCGCCAGCCUCCCCACAUCCCGAACUUUACGAGCCGGCGUCUGCGUCUCUGGCGCAGCUGUGGGACCCACCGCCUCUUCCGCACCUUGCUUUUGCUCCCGCUGCGGAUGAGAGCUCUUCGUCCUCCAGCUUACGGCGGCGUGCCAGUGCGCCGCUGCCCCGAGCGGAUGAAGACUUUGUGGUGCCAUCGAGCGCUUACUCGCGUCCAACAGUGGGGGUGGCUCAUACACACUCUGUGUCAGCACCACCACUGAGGGCAAUCGAGACGCGGGCGGUGCCAUCUAGGCUGGUGACAGCCGGGGGUAAGCGGCCAAGGCUGGAGAGGAAGUACUCCAAGAUUGUUGACCAGUACCGAUCCUUGGAUGAGGUUAUUGAAGCAUUAGCACAGGCUGGUCUUGAGUCUUCUAAUUUGAUCAUAGGAAUUGAUUUCACAAAGAGUAAUGAAUGGACAGGAAAGAAUUGCUUCAAUGGUAUGAGCCUGCAUAAUAUCAGUGACAACCCAAAUCCUUAUGAACAGGCAAUAUCCAUCAUUGGGAAAACCUUAUCUGCUUUUGAUGAGGAUAAUUUAAUUCCUUGCUUUGGUUUUGGAGACGCAUCUACUCAUGACCAAGAUGUAUUUGCCUUCUAUCCUGAUGAAAGACCAUGCAAUGGUUUUCAAGAAGCUUUAGCUCGAUACAGAGAGAUUGUACCUCAUCUUCGCCUUUCGGGUCCUACGUCAUUCGCCCCAAUAAUUGACAUGGCCACAACCAUUGUGGAGCAAAGUGGUGGCCAAUACCAUGUUUUAGUAAUUAUUGCUGACGGGCAGGUCACAAGAAGUGUAGAUACUGAAUUUGGUCAGUUAAGCACCCAGGAGCAAAUGACAGUUGAUGCUAUUGUACAAGCAAGCCAAUUCCCAUUGUCUAUAAUUCUUGUUGGAGUUGGAGAUGGUCCAUGGGAUAUGAUGAAGGAAUUUGAUGACAAUAUACCAGCUAGGUCUUUUGACAAUUUCCAGUUUGUCAACUUCACUGCGAUCAUGUCAAAAAAGAUAAGUCAAAGCAAAAAGGAGACAGAGUUCGCCCUUUCAGCACUAAUGGAAAUUCCAUUGCAAUACAAGGCAACAUUAGAGCUUGGAAUUUUAGGACGUCGAAUUGGAGAGUCACCUGAGCGGAUUCCACUUCCUCCUCCUUUUGCAAGUUAUAGCACAGUUUCAAGAGCAGAACCAUCUCGGGCAAAUAGUUAUCGAAGUGUGCCUUCACAUCCAAGGGAGGAGCCAGCUGUAAAUUCAACUAUCACAGCAUCAGUUACAUCCCCAUCAGCUGCCGAAAGUAGAGUUUUAGAACCCCAGAUGUGCCCAGUUUGCCUUUCCAAACCCCGGGACAUGGCAUUUGGUUGUGGCCACCAGACAUGUUCAGAAUGUGGACCGCAAGUCACAGAUUGCCCCAUCUGUCGAAGGCCCAUUGACACGAGAGUAAAAUUGUACUAAUUAUUUUUGGGUGGAACUAGGUUUAACUGAAGCACAUGCCAGGAGUAGAAUCCACUAAAAUAAAUCUCUAUUUGACUGUUAACGAUGUAGUGUGAAUUAAUUUAAUAAAUCAGACGUAGAGAAAAGGAGGAUACUUGUUCUUUGCUUGUAUCCUGUUCCUA